AUGGCCUCAGCCCCCCCAUCCACGGAUGUAGGAGAGGAAGUCUUGUGCCCCAUCUGCAAGGACUUCCUGACAGACCCCGUGACCUUGGAUUGCGGCCACAACUUCUGUCAGGGCUGCAUCACCAAGCACUGUGAAAUACGGGAUGAAAUUGACAUGGGGGACUGCAAGUGUCCCGUCUGCACGGUCAAGAUCCAGAGCAGAAAUUUCUGCCGCAAUUGGCAGCUGGCAAAUGUAGCAGAAAGACUCAAGCUCCAGAGAAAGCAACUAUGUGAGAAGCACAAAGAAAAACUCCACCUGUUCUGCAAACAAGAUGAAGAAUUGGUGUGUUUGUUUUGUCAGCAAUCCCCGGAACAUAAAUCACACACUGUGGUUCUCAAGGAAGAGGCUGCCCAGGAAUACAAGGUAGGAAGUCAUUUUGACACUUGCUAACACAACGCUUUCGUAUCUGUGUUUAUGUGUGAGUGUGUAUGUGCAAAAUAUGCUGUCAAUGUGGCUGGAAAGCAAACAUAAUGAAUUACUAAUCUGCACUUCAAAGUGAAUCAAAACUUGGGCCUGGUCUCUGUGCUAUGCAAAACAAAACAAAAACUUUGUUCUGCUUCAAAAGCAACUUUUUAAAAUGUAAUUUUGUUUUUAAAAGCACAUUUUUUCUGCACUUGUGCCCAAGGGCUCCUGUGUAAUGUAGUAGUAAUAAUAAUAAUAAUAAUAAUGCUGGUUAAUAAGAGUAAUAGAAGGAAAGUUCUCAAACGAGCCUUGAAUUUUAAAUGUACAGCAAAAAAACCCAAACCACUAGAAGAGAGCAAUUAUCAGAUAAAAAUCUAAUAGUGGAGGACCACACAAUAGAAAUAUAUGUAAAAUACUGAAGCUCUCCACCCCGCAUCCUAAUCCAAUCAGAUAUUUUGUUUUCUGUUUAGACACUCAUCUGUGAUCGCCUGGAGCAUCUGAAGAAAGCGAGAGUGAAAAUUCAGGCUUAUGAAGCAAAAAUAGGAGAAGAAAGCAACAGCCUGCUUGUAAGUGUCACAAUCCCUACAAAGAGAACAUGUAUGCUUGAAGGACCAAGGCUGGAUCUAUACAGUGGUACCUCGGGUUAAGUACUUAAUUCAUUCUGGAGGUCUGUUCUUAACCUGAAACUGUUCUUAACCUGAAGCACCACUUUAGCUAAUGGGGCCUCCUGCUGCCGUUGCGCCCCCGGAGCAUGAUUUCUGUUCUCAUCCUGAAGCAAAUUUCUUAACCUGAAGCACUAUUUCUGGAUUAGAGAAGCGUAUGUAACCUGAAGCGCAUGUAACCUGAGGUACCACUGUACUGAUUUGGAAAACACUAUAAAAAACGCUAUUUAAAAAAUUAGCUCUCAGUGUAAUUUCUCAUUGGGACAGAUAGCAGCUCUACUAGUAUAACAUGUUUAUAACAGAUAUAUAACAUUCUAAUUAGUCCAGUGUAGUUGAGUCCCAAGUCAUGAUGUAGCCCUAUUUCUGAGUGAUUUGCCAUAACAUUGUUAGGGAAGGUCUCUCUAAAGAUUCUGGCAUCCUCUUUUCCUCUUUCUUCCUGCCUCUUGAAGAGAAUAACAGAAACCGAGAGGCAAAAUAUAGAGGAGAAGUUCAGACAACUGCACCAGUUUCUGGAAGAACAAGAAAAGCGUCUGCUGGAUGAAAUAGAAGAGCUGGAGAAGGAGAUCACAAGAAGAAGGGAAGAGCACCUGGCUAGACUCUCCAAGGAACUCUCCUUUCUUGAAUGGAGCAUCCAGGAGAUGGAGGAGAAGAGUCAGCAGCCAGCGAGUGAACUCCUGCAGGUGAGACUGUGGCAGGAACAGCCCAAAGUUCCUCUCUCAGGGUUUAACCACACUUACCAUUUGCUGUACUCUUUCCAGGCACAGGGCAGUGCUUUCCCAGUCCCUAACCAAACUCUCCCUCCCCCCCCCCCCAAUUCCUCUUUAAAGCUGAAGCACAACCAAUGGCAAAUUGGGUUUUCUGUGCAUUGCUGUUUGGUCCAAUUCAGCUUUAAAGAGCAGGUUUUGACAGGGAAAGCUCCGUAGGAGGAAAAGGGGGAAUUCUCGGACACAGAGCUUUACAGGGUGGACCAUGUUAGACCAAAGGGGGAGGGACAGAGGAGGUCAGCUAGAAUGGGCUGCUGUCAAAUGGGGCACAGAGUUGGGGCUUGCAUCUCUGAGCAGGAGUGUAGAGAAGGGAGGGCAAGGGGGGGGGCUUAGCCCGGGCACAUGAUUUUGAGGGGGGGUGAGCCAGGUGCCCCCUUGCAGGAAUCCCACCCCGCCUGGUGCCAGGGGUCUUGCCACCACACCCCUGGCCCCCUCACGGAAUGGCAGUGUUGGGGGGAAGCACUAGCCAAGUCUGCAUCAGAAACCUGAUAUGGAAAGGUGGGGUAAGUUAAAAGCAUCUUGGUUAGAUGAUCCUUGGAAUCCCUUCCAACACUACAAUUCUAUGAUUCUGUGAAAAGCAAAGAUCAGUGCAAUAAGCAUGACAAUACUGCCAAGGUUUUUGGUUUUGUUUCUUACUUUUCCCACUCUUGGUUGACUUGAGGGAAUUGAAUAGAUAAUUUUAUUUGGCUAAGUAAGUGUCCCAGAGUGGAUAAUGUUAAUAUGCAAACUGUCCCACAGAAGAGAGGAUUGCCAGUACCUGAUUUAGCUAAGUAGUGUGAAGCUGCUUAGCUAACUUGGUUAAAGUUCAGGAUAUCUCAGAAAAAGGAACUCUUCCAGUUGAACAGUUAUCCAUAAAUUCUCCACUAGCCAAGAUACUAGGGAUACCUAAGAAAGACAGAGGAGAACUCAUGAAUUUUCAUCAGGACAUUUUUAAAAAAAGGACCUGAACUUAAGAUUGGAAAAUAAUGGAGAGAAACCAGAAUUGUCAGAUGCAUCCAUCAUUGCUGUUCGUUUAGUCGUGUCCGACUCCUUGUGACCCCAUGGACCAGAGCAUGCCAGGCACUCUUGUCUUCCACUGCCUCCCGCAGUUUGGUCAAACUCAUGCUGGUAGCUUCGAGAACACUGUCCAACCAUCUCGUCCUCUGUCGUCCCCUUCUCCUUGUGCCCUCCAUCCUUCCCAACAUCAGGGUCUUUUCCAGGGAGUCUUCUCUUCUCAUGAGGUGGCCAAAGUAUUGGAGUCUCAGCUUCAGAAUCUGUCCUUCCAGUGAGCACUCAGGGCUGAUUUCCUUCAGAAUGGAUAGGUUUGAUCUUCUUGCAGUCCAUGGGACUCUCAAGAGUCUCCUCCAGCACCAUAAUUCAAAAGCAUCAAUUCUUCGGCGAUCAACCUUCUUUAUGAUCCAGCUCUCACUUCCAUACAUCACUCCUGGGAAAACCAUAGCUUUAACUAUAUGGACCUUUGUUGGCAAAGUGAUGUCUCUGCUUUUUAAGAUGCUGUCUAGGUUUGUGAUUGCUUUUCUCCCAAUCUAACCAGAAUUGUUAGAUGCAUCCAUAGCUAUCGAGAACUUUGGUAUAUGCUAGGCAGAUUCACCCCAGAGGGCAUCCAUUGCAGGGGCUGAUGUGUCUUCAUUACAGGGCCUGUGCUGGGCAGUGAAUUCCAUUCUGACUUUCCUCUUUUCCUUUCUAGGAUGUUAGAAGAACUUUGCAGAGGUAAGGGGAUCUUGCUCAUCUCCAGUAAUAUCACUCCCUGAAACUUCACAGGUAGACUGGGAUAGAAUAUAUUAUGAAGAUUAUAAAGUGGAAUAGAAAUGAAAUGAAUAAUAAUGUGGGACUAUUCCACAGAGUCCCACACAGUUACCUGUCACCUGUGGGGCUAAAAACGAGGAGAUGGAGUUGGGGUGUUUACCGUGUUCCUGAACAUAUCCCAGCUGCAAUAUGUAACUUCAAGGUGUCACUUGGGUUCAUGAUAAGAGGAUGUCAUUGUUUAGUCGUGUCCGACUCUUUGUGACCCCAUGGACCAGAGCAGGCUGGGACAGAAGGAACAUUUCACUUGUGUCAACAACAGCACAUCUUUAUUGCAUGUCGUAGGCAGUGCAGCUGAAAUGGAAAAACUCUAAGCAGAGUGGUAUCACUUGACUUUAUUUUAUUUCUCCAUUUGAGUGGAUGUAAGUGAAGAGAUUCAGACAAAGGGCUGCUCCUUUGGCCCUCAGUUGUCUGGCUUUGGAGUCCCUAGUAAGGAGGAAUCUUCCCCCCUCUGUGACUCCAUUCCUCUGUCUCUCCCUCUUGGCUUUAUACAGUUUCUUUCCUCCUCUCAAUUCCUUUCUUUUGCUGCCCUCAGAAAUUCUGGAUUUGAAAUGGGUUAACAUGUCUUUUUCCCAUCAGGUGUGAGCGAAGCGGGACAUCUGAAAAUCCACUCACUUUCCCACUAGAAUUGAAGAGGGAGAUCUCAAAAUUCAGGGCUGCAAAUCCCAUUCUAUAUGUUGGGAUGGAGAAAAUAAAAGGUAAUGAAGAAUGGCUGCAGGGAUUUUAUUAG